ACGUUAAUUAUAUGGAAUUUUAUAUUUCAUAACUUGAUUGUAUUAUUGAAUUAUUUAUUGUAUGCUUUAUAUGCUUUACUAGGUAUUCUUUAUUAUAUAUCCUUCUUUACUUGAUCUCCUUCACAUAUCCUUCCCUCCGUACACUACAUUAAACUACACUACACUACACUACGCCCCGACACCUAAUCCUAUCCUGGCUCAUCUACCCAUUGUCUAGUGUGUUUGAAAAAACAACAAAGUCCGAUUCUUUUUCAUCAAUUACUUCAAUUACUCAAUUACUCGUACAUCACAUCACACCUCUUUAAAACUUCCUUCCAUUUACUCUUCGAGAAUAUCUUCAUUUAUCUGGUUAUCAAUUGAUUUAUUCAUCUCAUUCAUCAAGAACAUUUCAAAUCAUCAAAUCAAGGAAGAAAAGGAAUUAUCUCAAGGAAAAGAAAGAGAGAAAGAAAGGCUUUCAAUAUCAUCGUCGUCAAAUCGAAUCCGAAUCUAACAAAUCAAUCAAUCAAUUCAUCCAUCACUCACUCACUCACUCACUCACUCACUCACUCACUCACCACUUCAAUCACCAUCAAUCACUACCUCUUCAACAAUCAUGAAGUCCGAAUCAUUAACCUCAACUCCUCAAGUCAGUUGUUUAGAUCCUCUCGAAUUAAUCGAUUAUACCGAAUAUGAAACGGUAUCAUAUCAUUCACCCUCUCUCUCACCAUCGUCUUCCAAAUCACAAUUCGUCCCACCCUCCAUAAGAUCAUCCGCAGUAUCGACUCCAACCACAUUACCUUCAUCAAAUCAACCAACGCUUUCCGGUCCCAGUCAUCAAUACGAUCUCUACAGACAACAAACGGGUAUUCCACAAGGGGCCAUCGCAAAUACCUUGGCCGUCAAUGAAAACAAUGGUCACAUCAACCGAUACAACUUUCAAGAUCCCUCAUACUUCUCGGCCAUGAGUCCAAGUGAAGAAUUUGUGGAUUUUGGCACGACUCCAUCUCGUACCCCAUUCCACCCAUCAGACGUGGAAAUGGAACAAGAUCCAGCCUUCUUCUACCCCGAACAAAAGUUUGUGGACCCAAGCAAUAUUGGAUCUCAAACCUUGCCCGUCGGAAACGUACUGCCAACACAAUCUAGUCACGUCGGUCGUCUUUGGCCGGGUAUGCAUCAACAACAAGCUGCUCUUGCCAAAGCUCAAGCACAACAAAAGCAACAACAAGCCAUUAUCGCACAACAACGUCAAAAUGCUAUGGCGGCGAACGGACAACAACAAAGACAACCUCAACCACAACAACAACGCUCCAGAGCACCCACGGGUACCGACCCUCUGGUUGAGGAAAAGAUUUCUCAAUUACUCAACUCGAUGAGACAAAGCAGUGUCGUGACUGAUGGUGAUGAUGGAAAUUCUCAGAAUAUGACACACGUUCAUCGCAUGCGAAAGGAAGAAGAAGAUAUGGAUGAAGAUGAAAGAUUAUUGGCGAGUGAAGAAGGAAAGAAGCUUAGUAGCAAGGAGAGAAGACAACUUAGAAAUAAGGUGUCAGCUCGUGCUUUCAGAUCAAGAAGAAAGGAAUACAUCAGUCAACUCGAAGGAGAAAUUGCUGUCAAGGUUAAUGAGAAUAUGGAUUUGAAGUCGCAAAACAGAGCUUUGAUGGAGGAAAAUACUCGUCUAUCAGAUCUUACAAGAAUGCUUCUUUCUUCACCUGCGUUCUCUGGUUUCCUCGACACUUUAUCUUCCAACCCAGCGACUCAACAAGCACCACCUCCACAACAACAAGCUCCUAUUCAACAUGAACAGCCAAGACAAGUGAGAAAGGAUGUUAACCCAUAUGGUGCUCAACAACAGAUGCAACAACAACAACAACAACAACAACAACAACAACAACAUAUUGGUAUGGUCAUGAUUCCAGAACAAGCGAUGGAUUUUGCUAUGCUUGAUAUCAAUGCCGACGGAUUUGGCUAUCAACCACAAGUUUAUUCCGUUCUUUCUAUCCCAGAGACGGUUAUCGAUUCAUCAAUCCUCUCCGGAAAAUCCUCAAACCUCGUCGAUUCAUUACAAUCUGAAGAUGAGAAAGUAGAACUUCCAAUUGUUGAACGUCAACCAGUUCAUGAACUUGCACCAUCAGCUAUUGUUGAGGAGAUUGUUGAUGAAGAAUUUGAUGCCGAUCCAGCAUUUGCUCUUUUCGCUGAAGACACCUCAUCAACUUCAGCACCUUCAACCGAAUUCAACUUCGAUAUCGAUUUCUCUACUCUUGGCCUCAACAAACCUUCUCAAUUCGAACUCGUCGUUCGUGAUAUUGAAAGCGAAAAAUUAGUUUCAACUAAUGCUUUCAAUAGAGCAACUAGGUUAUGUAAUAACUUGGACUCGAUGAUGGAUAGAUUAGAAGCAAUGUUCAUGUAA